AUGCCCAAGGAAGAAAUGCUGGUAGAUGGGGGCGAGGUGUGAAGUUAUUCACCUAGGAGUGCGGCAAAAUUCUUGAUAGUUCUUUGAUGGGAGCCUAGGAGAAAGCAGAUAGAGAAUUACUUCUACCUGCUGUUCCUGAUAGAUUUGAGAGAGUAACGAUACUUUCAAGUUGAAUCGAACUUUUACUUAUAAUCUUUCGUGCAGGUGCAUGCACAAGUGACCAAAGGACGCCAGAUAUUUCCUUGAACACGAAGCUUUGUACAGGAACUGUGGAUUCGAAUAGUAUUUUGGCAAAUUCAGAGACGGAAAAUGCCUGGAUCAUUGAGAGAGUACCGAAUAUGCAUGCCACUCACGGUUGAAGAGUACAAAGUUGGACAGCUUUAUAUGAUAAACAAACACAGUCAUGAACAAAGUGAAAAAGGAGAAGGUGUUGAGGUUGUUGUCAACCAAGAAGUGUCAGAUCAAACUCAUGGAAAAGGAUUUUAUACAGAAAAAAGAAUUUAUUUAAAUAGCCGUCUCCCAACUUGGCUACAGAGUUAUAUCCCUAGAAUAUUUUAUGUUACAGAAAAGGCCUGGAAUUUUUACCCAUAUACAGAAACAGAGUACACAUGCUCAUUUGUACCAAGGUUCAGUAUUUCAAUUAAAACCUGUUACAAAAAUGACAAUGGAUGUACUGAAAAUAGCCUUAGUCUUGGUGAAGAAGAUGUAAAAUCAAGAGAUGUCCAUGUCUUAGAUAUUGCUUAUGAUGAGCUUUCAGAAAAGUAUUACAAAGAAGAAGAGGACUGUAGAUAUUUUAAAUCAAAGAAAACUGGAAGAGGUCCCUUAGAGGAAGGGUGGAGGGAUAGUGUGAAGCCAAUCAUGUGUUCCUACAAAUUAGUCAAAGUAACUUUUGAUGUCUGGGGACUGAGGGAUAGAGUGCAGCAGUAUGUCCAAAAGGGGAUUCGUGAAAUUUUAUUAGUUGGGCACAGGCAGGCAUUUGCCUGGAUAGACAACUGGUAUGGCAUGACAUAUGAAGAAGUACGAGAUUAUGAAAGAAUUAUGCAAUCAAAGACUAAUGAAAAAGUAGUUGGAGAUGGUGAACAAAGUUCAGAGGCAAAUAAGGGUCCCUGAAAUUCCUCAGAUCUGUUAUUUCUGUGUUUGCCUAUUGAGAGGAGAUUCAUGCAUGCAAAUCAAUACCAUACAGAGCACCAUUACCAAUUUUGAAGCUAAGUAAGUUAAAUAAUUAAGUCUGUUGGUAUCCUACUGGUCAUUCUGCCUGGCAGAUGAUUUAUUAACCGAACUCAGGCAGGAAUGUGUAAGAGUUUGAACUGAUUCCUGUCUUAGAAGCUUCCCGCUACUUAACUACAACUUUCAAUUAAUAGACCUUUUGCUUUUAUAAAUGUCAUGGGCAUGUGAAAUUUGUUUCACUUGCAAAUUGUUUCUUUUAUUUACUAUGAACAAACUUUAUCUGUCAUUGUAGAUAUUUUAGAGAUACAAGUUUUAUUUCUUACAAUUUUAACCCACUGUUAUCUAAGUAGCACUUUUAAAUAUUAUUUCUUUGUGUGCAAUUAAUUAAACACAAAAUUGAAUUUAAACUGUCUUGUAAUACAGAGUGUUAGUGUAUCAGUUGUAAUUUCUGUAUGUACUUACACUAAGAUUUUUUAUGUAUAAUGUUAAAAAAAUGGUGUCUUGCAGCCAGCUAGUAAACACAUUCAGUAGAAAACACUUGAUUUCACUGUUGUUCAAUUAUCAACUCGCAUACAUAAAACAGUAAAAUUACAAUCAUAAUAACAACAAUUGUUAAUCUACACAACAAUAUGCAUUAAUUGAAGAGAAAGCCUCGGGACUUUUUAUCAAAAAUAAUAACAAAUUAA